UCGAGUCAGUGACGAGUUGUAUCGCUCCGUGACUGGUCGUAUCCAAGAUGUCGGUAGGCAUAGUGGCAAAGCAGUUGCUUAAGUGUACGAAGGGAACCGGUCUGCGAUGUAUGUCGCACUAUCCUAUAGACGAGCAUGUAUUUGGACUGUCCUCCGAGCAGCAACAGCUGCGACAAGUAGUGUUUGAUUUCGCCCAGAAAGAAUUGGCGCCAAAAGCAUCCGAGAUCGACAAACAGAACAAUUUUGCAGAACUACGGGACUUCUGGAAGAAACUAGGACAGUUGGGCUUAUUAGGUAUUACAGCAAGUCCCGACUAUGGCGGCACUGGGGGCAAAUAUUCUGAUCACUGCGUUAUCAUGGAGGAACUCUCCAGAGCUAGUGGCGGUGUCGCUUUGUCGUACGGAGCACAUUCAAAUUUGUGCAUUAACCAAAUUAAUAGGAAUGGGACACAUGAACAGAAAAGCAAAUAUUUACCCAAGUUAUGCUCAGGAGAACAUAUGGGAGCCCUAGCCAUGUCUGAACCAGGAGCGGGAUCCGACGUCGUCUCCAUGAAGACCAGGGCCGAAAAGAAGGGGGACUACUACGUGCUAAAUGGCAACAAGUUCUGGAUUACGAACGGACCCGAUGCUGAUGUUUUGGUGGUUUAUGCAAAAACGGACCUAGCAAGUAAGCCACAACACGGAAUAACAGCGUUUCUGAUAGAAAAAGGAUUCCCUGGCUUCACUACAGCACAAAAGCUGGACAAAUUGGGAAUGCGGGGAUCUAACACAUGCGAGCUUGUUUUUGAAGACUGUAAAGUGCCUGCAGAGAACGUUCUUGGCGAAGUGAACAAAGGAGUCUACGUCCUCAUGUCGGGCUUAGACCUGGAACGGUUGGUGCUGGCUGGAGGACCAGUAGGGAUAAUGCAAGCGGCUAUAGACGCUGCAUUCCAGUACGCUCACACUAGGAAACAAUUCGGGAAAAAUAUUGGGGAAUUCCAGCUGCUACAGGGUAAAAUGGCGGACAUGUACACGACGUUAAGUGCGUGCCGGAGCUACCUGUACAACGUGGCGAGGGCAUGCGACGAGGGGCACGUCAACAGCAAGGAUUGCGCAGGAGUCAUCCUGUACUGCGCGGAGAAGGCAACGCAAGUGGCGCUAGAUGCUGUGCAGAUACUAGGUGGCAAUGGCUACAUCAAUGACUAUCCUACCGGCAGACUGCUCAGGGAUGCCAAGCUGUAUGAAAUUGGUGCAGGCACAUCAGAAGUCAGAAGAAUGCUUAUUGGUCGUGCAUUGAACAAUGAAUACAAAUAAAUUAUUUUUGUUAU